UGGAGAGCAACACACCUCACGACCUAAGUCUCGGACUCUGCCGCGGCCUCAUGGCUCCUCGUUCCGGCAUUUUUCCUACCGGAGUGUGACUCCGGCUUCGUUCGCUACCUUUAUCUGAAGAGCGAUUAACACUGAUCUGAAAAACAUCGACAGGAAGUCCAGACAAACACGGAGAAGUGAUAUAUGCUUGUCCGCUGGCAACUUAAAAUAAACUCGCUCUCAGUUGUGAGAGUUUCGUCAAAUAUUCGUCGCUGUCAAAGAGACGAGGCACAUUCUGAAAUCAGCAGGAGACUUGAGAUCAGUAGAAGCAGUGGUCACCGAGUAAACCUGCCGCUUGAGGCGGAAAAUCUUAAAGUGGCAGAAAUUUUUCAUGGAGUUUGGUGCGAACAGCACGAUAAGUCGGGGGGGGGGGGGGCGCUUACGUUGAGGAUCAAACAGGUUUUAUCCGUUUCUCUGAUUAAAAACGUAAAAACAUUUAAGAACCUGCUAAAUGUCUUUUACAUUGUGUUCUGGCAAAAAAUAAAAUAAAGUUAAAGUUAGCGGAUGAAUGUUGAGGGAAAAGAAAAGUGGGUCACUUCUGUUUGGAGAAGCUGUCCCCAGGUCAGCAUGUGACGGUGCCUUCAGAGUCACUGCAAGAGGGUGGGAGUUUGUGCACUUCUCAGGGCGGACGCAGGGCUGCCCUCCGGUGGCAACGUCGAUGACGGCGAAUCCAAAAGGACGUUUCUGUUCUUUAGAGUCGUGAAGCGGUGAGAUGGAGAGAAGUAAAACAGAAAUAAAGUUGACACUUGCGGUGUGAAGGAAACACCCGUGCUCUGUAUUUUAUUGCCUCGAACUUUUCACCAUGGAAACAAAAGCCCUCUUGGCAUUUUUUGGACCCUCUGGCAUCUUCUCUCUCUGGGCGCUGUUCACCUUUACAGUUUAAGUAAAUAAAUGGCGAAAGCCCCACGAAAACUGCGUGACUCCACAGUGUAUCCAGAUGAACCAACCACACCCCACCUGCCCAAGUGUCCUCGAGCAAGGGCACCUGCUUUUAACUAAAGUUUUUUUAAGGAAUUAAAUCAGCCGCAAAAUGUGGAGUACGUCCUUGCAGAUGGGGGAAACCCAGGUCUUUAAUCAAGCUCCGUUCAAAGGGGGACAAUAUUGAUCACAAAAUCUUGCUACCUCUUUAAAUCUCCUCUCUGAUUAAAAAAAGAUCCUCCUUGCAGCCAAUCAUAAAGUCCUGAGGUCCGGGGACAGACUCAUAUCAGCCAGCGUCACUGCUCCGACCUCCUCGUCUCUCUCCAGGAUGCUCCUCUUGUUCUGUCUGACCGUCUUCCUCUCCGCGGGCUCUUCCAUGGAGACGAACCAGACCUCCAAGCUGCUGGCGGAGAGCGGCGAGCAGUGCUCGGCCUGCGACUUCCGGGAGCACAGCAAGCAGAUGAGGCUCCACAGCAUCAAGUCCCAGAUCCUCAGCAUCCUGCGGCUCGAGCAGGCUCCCAACAUCAGCCGGGACAUGAUCCGCCAGCUGCUCCCCAAGGCGCCUCCUCUGACGCAGCUCCUGGACCAGUACGACCCGCGGGUGGAGGACGAGGACCACGCCACCACGGAGACCAUCAUCACUAUGGCCACCAAGCCCAAUCCGAUUGCCCAGGACGAGUUGUCCUCCUGUUGUAUGUUCAGCCUCAGUCCAAAGAUCCAGCCCAAAAACAUCCUGAGUGCUCAGCUUUGGGUUCACCUGCGGCCGGCCGACAUGGUCACCACCGUCUUCCUGCAGAUCACCCACCUCAAACCUGGAAAGGAGGGAAACAACACCCGGGUCCGAGUCCGCUCCCUGAAGAUCGACACCGACGCCGGCGCCGGCUCCUGGCAAAGCAUCGACAUCAAGUCUCUGCUGCAGGCCUGGCUGCGUCAACCGGACACCAACUACGGCAUCGAGAUCAACGCCUACGACUCCAAAGGAGAAGAUCUGGCUGUCACCUCCGCUGAGCCCGGAGAGGAAGGACUGCAACCUUUCAUCGAAGUGAAGAUCCUCGACAGCCCCAAGAGAUCCCGUCGCGACUCGGGCCUCAACUGCGAUGAGGAAUCUGCGGAGACGCGCUGCUGCCGCUACCCACUGACCGUCGACUUCGAGGAGUUCGGCUGGGACUGGAUCAUCGCGCCCAAACGCUACCGGGCCAACUACUGCUCGGGGGAGUGCGAGUUCAUGCACCUGCAGCAGUACCCGCACGCACACCUGGUGAACAAGGCCAACCCACGGGGAACCGCGGGGCCGUGCUGCACGCCCACCAAGAUGUCGCCCAUCAACAUGCUCUACUUCAACCGCAAGGAGCAGAUCAUCUACGGAAAGAUCCCGUCCAUGGUGGUCGACCACUGCGGCUGCUCCUGAGGAAACCCAGGUGUCCUGCGGGACUCAGGGUCGAUCCCAGAAGCUCGAUUUCCGGCGAAAGCGACGCAAACAUUUUAAAUAUUGCAAAAAAAACAAAUUUAGACCCAGUAGUUGCGAGAAAGAAGCCAAUAAACAGGUUUUCAAUACGUUGAAAUAUCAUCCACAAGAGAGGUGAAAGGAGUUUCUUCAAGGAAUGGACUCCUAAAUUUAGUCUUUAGUGUCUUUGUGCUUAAACCAAAAAGUAAGAUAUGAAGAUUAAACAUGUUGGAAACAAUACAUGUCAUUCUGAGGGACUGACCAGAGGUCAUAAAAGCACUUCAGAGAUCACAGCAAUUCUUAACCAAAUGUUGGAAAUGUAAACAAGUGACGGUAGUUUGGGCUUUGUUAACGUAACUGCCUUGUCAUCAAGUAGUUUUAAAACCCGUGAUGACACAUUUUUGGUCAAAAACAAAGUUUAAGCAAAGCUGUGGUCUGGACAGAUAAACAAUGAGCUGAAACUCACUGUAAAGCUCCCUAAAGCCGAGGGGAGCCGCUGAUUCAGCUGAUAAUUCUCUGUGGGUUCAUCACUACCAGAGACUCCUUUCACGUUGUCAUUUUAUGAUCAAUAACCUAACUGCUUUAAGUUAUUCUUUUUAGUUUCAGGAUUAAGGCUUGGGGCAGUGUAGUAGGAUAUAGGAAAGGAUGGAACUUUUUCCCCCCUUCUCAAGCGUCGCCGUGUUUAGUUUUGCUUUGGAUUUGUUCUGCAAAAUGUGAGGUUCUCAGUGGCUGUCGCCCGGUGGAUAAAUGUUUUAACUUUUUCUAACUUUUUACGUACGCAGACAAAUAUGUUAACAAGGCUGCUCGUGUGCCACUUCUCCUCGUAUACCGGUUGGUAAAAGCGAGUCUAUCACAAGCCCGGUGCUUUCAUUAAUGAACACUGAGACGAGAUAUGAAGAAAACGCAUAAAAGCAUUAUAUUCCGAAAAGCCAUGCUAUGACAUAACAUAAACUUGAAAUUUUAAAAAGCUGUAGAAUUAAAUUUAAAUUAAGCCUGCAUUGCCUGCUCUGAGCACUAAAGCAUUACUGAACUGUUUUGAAAGGAUUUUAGCAAAUUGUUAAAUUUCCAUUCAGCCUUUUUUUAAUUUUUUUUUUUUUUUAAAUUAGCCUUCAACAAGUAAUCACAUGCAAUGGUUUUCCUGAUUCCCAAUGUAAAUUUCGGGCAUUUUCUUGAGCUCGUUAUUUAUCCACCCUCACAUAAAAUAAGACUCAGCCACCAUCUAUCUAUCGUGGACAGACAGACUCCUGCUGCCUCCUGUCCCCGUUUCAUGAAAACGUGUCCCGAUUUGAGCCUUGACCAGAACAAACCCCGCAGGGCGUCUUCCAUGUGCGGCCUUAUUUUAAAAAACAUGAACCGUAUGACUCUGAGCCGACACGUCGCCCCUCUCUGUCCCAACGCUUGUUUGCAAACUCCUCGCUGUGACCGGUUCUCAUGAACGUCACAGUGACAGAGAGAAAGAGAGACAUGCUUUUUAAGGACGUUGUUGCAGGUGUGUUGUUCAGUGCUGCGAUUUUAAUCCGCCGAUUGUAUUUUCUUUGCGAUGGAUUGUGCGAUAUGUUUUGAACACGCGAAGUCAGCCAGUUUGUCGGCGGCGGUUUAACCCUCAGGUGGCUGCGCCGUCUUCCUUUUUAGCAACACGACGACAUGCAGUCAGUUUUUGGAGCCAGAAAAUGCUAAUGUGGGUGACUGGAUGGAGCCGAAUUGUCAACCACUAUAACCAAACCCGUGUACGCCUUUAAGGUCCCUUGUGGAGUUCUCUUGUAAGCAAGCACAGUUUUCUUUAUCCCAUCUUUGAACCCUAGAAGUUUAAUGUACUUGCAGCCUCGCAAAAAAUUUUUAAAGCCAAUUUUCCUGCUUCUUCUUCUCUCCCUUUUUCUGGUGCAUAGCAGAAUUUCUUGGUGUGUUACUGCCAACAAGUCUCUCUCAGCACAAUAGUGUGAAACCGAUUGAUUGCAUUCAGUCCUCCUACACGAUAAUGAUGUGUCUUAUGGCUUGCACGCACCACACAUUUGCAGGAUCGUGUAUUUCUGUGCAAAAUUGGCUUUAAAGUGUAACUUGGCAGCGGACUGAACAGCGGCGUUUCGCUGCCCUCCCUGCUCGUCUCGCCUAGGGUCAGGGUCAUGUGAAACACCUGGACAGUGAUGUCAUGGUGUACGGACACACCCUGGGGUACACGUCUACGUCGCUGCAGCCAGGCGAGAAGUGGAAUCACCGGAGGUCGUCAGACACGAGACCUCAGGGGGCGGGAAGUUAAACGCUGGUACAAACGGAAGCAUUUGUAUUAAAUAUUGUAAAUGCUUCCUUCAAAAUAAAUGAAAUAACAUAAAAUAAUUAGCUGGUAGCACACAAGCUUCAAACCAGAUGAGGAGAUACUCACACUGCUAGUGGUCAAAUAUUAAGGCUCCACAGCCACAGGGAUCCUUUAUAUCCUCUCAUGGACACAGUAAUUUUCACGGUUUUCCUGUUGCAGUCAGAGUGAUCAAGCAUCUAGUGGACAGUAGAAGCAGUGCAGCUGGAGGUACUUCACUUUCCUCAGCAUUCAGCUGCGGCGUUCGGUGCUUGUCAGUCAUGCUGGUGUAUACAUGGUAAAAAAUACCGAACCGAAAACAACUAAUGUGAUCUUUAGAAGCAUUAACACAUUGAUUUUUCACGGCUUCGCUCCAAAACCAGGCCUCUGGACUCAGACUGCCCACGGGAGGAACUUUAACCCCAACCCUCAUUGAGCAAAGAAUCUCAAUAAAAAUCAAAACCAGCCAUCGCUUAGAGGUUGUUUUCUGAUGUUUAAAAAAAAAAAACAAAAACAAA